GCAUAAGCACGAGGAUGAGGAAGUGACAGGAAGAAGGGAGAUGGCGGCAGCGUCGUUCAGGUGGAUACUCCAACUCCACAAGGACGUUCCGAAGGCGGCUAAGUUCUACUCCCAAGGGCUCGACUUCUCUGUAAAUAUCUGCACUCCUCGGUGGGCAGAACUCCAAUCCGGUCCUCUCAAGCUUGCCCUUAUGCAAUCUCCCAGUGAUAAUGUGAAGCAGAAUGGAUACUCCUCACUUCUGUCAUUCACAGUGAACGAUAUUAACAGUACAGUAGCAAAAUUAAUGGGAUUAGGAGCUGAACUAGAUGGUUCCAUCAAAUAUGAAAUCCAUGGAAAGGUUGCUGCCAUGCGAUGCAUUGAUGGUCACAUGAUUGGCCUCUAUGAACCUGCAUAA